AUGAAGGACUUCAAGAAUACCACCUUUUUCUUCGUCUUAUCAGCCCUGCUGCUCUUCACGAGCACAAUGCCGAUAACAAAUGCAGAAGUUCAUACUCAUACAUUUGUGGUGCAAGCAACUCCGGUGAAGAGGCUGUGCAAAACUCGAAGCACCAUAACAGUAAACGGGAUGUUCCCGGGCCCAACACUUGAAGUCCAAAAUGGUGACAGUCUAGUUGUCAACGUUGUUAACCGAGCGCGUUACAAUGUCACCAUUCACUGGCAUGGGGUGAGGCAGAUGAGGACCGGAUGGGCCGAUGGACCAGAAUUCGUGACUCAAUGCCCGAUAAGGCCAGGAGGAAGUUACACCUACCGAUUUACGAUUCAAGGGCAAGAAGGUACACUUUGGUGGCAUGCUCACAGUUCAUGGCUGAGAGCCACCGUUUACGGAGCUUUGAUCAUUCGGCCCCGAGAAUCUUACCCUUUCAAGAAGCCAAACCGCGAGAGUACCCUUCUUCUUGGUGAAUGGUGGAAUGCAAACCCAAUUGAUGUUGUGAGACAGGCCACGAGAACAGGGGCCGCUCCUAAUGCACACAAGCAGGGCAUACAAGGGGUUUUCACGAGCGAUUUCCCUGGAAACCCGCCAGUUCAGUUCGACUACACAGGGAACGUGAGCCGGGCCCUGUGGCAACCCGUGCGGGGGACUAAGGUGUACAGGAUCAAGUAUGGGGAGACGGUUCAGGUGGUGCUGCAGGGGACGAGCAUCUUCACUGCUGAGAACCACCCGAUUCACUUGCACGGUUACGAUUUCUACAUAAUUGCCGAGGGUUUUGGGAAUUUCAACCAGGGAAGGGACUCGUCGAAAUUCAAUCUGGUGGACCCCCCUCUGAGGAACACUGCCAGUGUGCCUGUAGGUGGAUGGGCUGUGAUCAGAUUUGUGGCCGAUAAUCCAGGGGUGUGGCUGCUGCAUUGCCACUUGGAUGUCCAUAUCGGGUGGGGCUUGGCAAUGGCUUUUCUGGUUGAAGAUGGAGUUAAUCCACUUCAGAAGUUAGAGGCGCCUCCUAAGGAUCUUCCUGUCUGUUAG